CAGUCGCACCGCACCGCAUCCCACUCUGUCUGUCUAUCUCGCCUACAACGUCCCUCCUCUCCCGCCUUCUUUUUAUUUUACUGUCACGUCGUCUCGAACCAUCGCCGGAUUCUUGAGCAUCCAAGGAACAGAAACCAUCAAGCUCAAGUGCGAUACGCGCCGACACAAUGAACCCUCUUCAGAAGAACAAGAUUGACGUCUCGUCUCUCUCGCCCGAGGAACAGCGUCUCUUCCGCCUCUACGGCAAGCUUCCCUCUCGUUCCGACCACUUCGCCAAGCACCUGAAGGACCGCAAGUACUUCGACUCGGGCGACUAUGCCAUGUCCAAGGCCGGCAAGGGCGACAGCGUUGACACGGGCGCCGUCGGCUCCCAGCACCCCGUUCCCGAGGACAUCCCCCAUCUUUCGAGCCCCGUCAACAACUCGUCCUCCUCCCUUAACGGCAACAAGCACCACGGCAGCAUCCCCGGCGGUGCUCACGCCGGCAGCCCCGUGAAGGAGGCGAGCUUCCUCAACCGGGAGACCAGCGCCGAGGAGGUCGAACACAAAGACAAGGGGAACAACUCGCCUGUCGACGGAACCGCCAAGACGGAGAGCAUUCCUAUCCGAAGAUGAAGAGGGAGGCUGUCGGGCGACCUUCCGUCCACCUGGUCUGCUCUCUUCUUCCUUCCAUAAGUUUCGUACGGGUGUUGUUGUAACUCCCCGGAGGCAAAUUGGGUGUUUGUUGGGGCCGGACUUUUACUACGAUGUUAUGAUGCUGUGUGUUGAAUCUUUUUCGUGGGACUCCUAGGCGUUGGGACCGGGUGGGAAUCAAGCACAACCGGUUGUUAAAUGGAGAUGAGACUCGACGUCUCUCGGCUUCUCUGUGAUGGAUGUGGAAAGGCGGACUGCGAGCGCCCUAUCGGCGCCGCAUACCGUGCAUGUUCCUUUCCGCGAUACGCGGCACUGCUACGAAGACUGAACCUUUCCCGUACAUGUAUUUUGGACUGAAGGACAAGGAUGAAAGAGACGGGCACAUGGAAGCAAUCAAAAUUGAGACUCCCUUCGUCUUAAUCGUCCGCGCAAUGCCCCGCCCGACUGCUGUACUUCAAUCGACCUCUUCAGCCGCUCAUUGGGGCGUUGAGCGCGUUGCUGACGGCUGUCACAUGUGACCGCACGAGACAAUGGGAGGUGGCUUUCCCAGGACGCAUGCGGGUUUGCCAUCGAACCGUUCAAGUUGCAUCGAUGUGCCGGCAUCACAUUAGCGAAAGACCAGAACUCGGUUUUUUCACCGUGGUAUGGAGAGAGAGAGGGAGAGCCAAUAAGCCGAGGACCACGACGCUCUUCAUAGCAUUGAGCAAUCGAGCCCAUUGGCGUGAUAGGAAACCAUUGUAUUGAUGAGCAAUAAGCCACUUUUUUUACGUUUUUGAUGCCAUACGCCGUCCCAUGUUCCAAUAUCCUUCCUCCCAGUGACCCGUCCCUCUGGAUGCCCA